AUGCACAACAUUCGUUGCCCUUACAUCGUCAGUUUUUAUGGUGCAUGCACGGAAACAGGAAAGUAUGCAUUAGUUAUGGAACACAUGUCAUUAGGAUCAUUGUACAAGAUAUUGCACGAAGAUAACCUUGAAUUAUCAUGGUCUGAAAGGUUGUCGAUUGCUUUUCAAGCAGCCAGCGGAAUCAAUUACCUACAUCAAUUGUCAGAACCUGUCUUACAUCGUGACAUUAAAUCGUUGAACUUCUUGAUAGAAAGAGCCUAUAAAGGAUAUACUGUCAAAGCGUGUGAUUUUGGUAUGGCCAGAACACGAAAUGAAACGACCCGUCAAACAACAUCAAAUCCUACAUUAGUCUGCACAUUGCAAUGGACUGCUCCUGAAAUAUUGCGUAUGAAAAAGCACACAGAUAAGAGCGAUGUUUAUAGUUUAGGAAUCGUGUAUUGGGAAUUAGCUGCUAAUGAAAUACCUUAUGAUGGACACCAAAGUGGCAAUAUUCGUGAAUUUGUACUUUCUGGUGAUCGAUUGGAGAUACCCAAGAUCACACCCUCGAACUUUUCAAUGCUGAUCAAGAAGUGUUGGGCUAAUGAUCCCAACGAUCGACCCGAUUGUUCCCAAUUGAUCGAAAUCAUCGAAGAAUGUAUUACAAAGCAAAGUAAUUCCUUUUUUUGUUGCUCUGCUUUGAUGGAAUGA